AUGGGCGACUGGAGCUUCCUGGGGGAGUUCCUGGAGGAGGUGCACAAGCACUCCACCGUGGUGGGCAAGGUCUGGCUGACCGUCCUCUUCAUCUUCCGCAUGCUGGUGCUGGGCACGGCGGCCGAGUCCUCGUGGGGCGACGAGCAGGCCGACUUCCAGUGCGACACGCUGCAGCCCGGCUGCGAGAACGUCUGCUACGACCAGGCCUUCCCCAUCUCCCACAUCCGCUACUGGGUCCUGCAGAUCAUCUUCGUGUCCACGCCGUCGCUCGUGUACAUGGGCCACGCCGUGCACCACGUGCGCAUGGAGGAGAAGCGGAGGGAGCGCCGGGCCGGGGCGGGAGAGAAGGAGGGAAGGGCCGGGGAGGGAGACCAGGCCCGCCGGGGACCCGAGGAGGGCAGGAUCGUGCUCCGGGGCGCCCUGUUGCACACCUACGUGUGCAGCAUCCUGGUGCGCACGGCCGUGGAGGUGGCUUUCCUGGUGGGCCAGUACCUCCUGUACGGGGUCUUCCUGCAGACGCUGCACGUGUGCCGCCGCGCCCCCUGCCCCCACGCCGUCAACUGCUACGUGUCACGGCCCACGGAGAAGAACGUGUUCAUCGUGUUCAUGUUGGCCGUGGCGGCGCUGUCGCUGGGCCUCAGUCUGGCCGAGCUCUACCACCUGGGCUGGAGGAAGGCCCGGGGCCGGCUGCGGGGGCCGGGCGCGGGGGCCGAGGGCGACCUCUUCUUCGGGCCCGCGCUGGCGGCACGGCAGAACACAGCCAACCUGGCAGCUGAGCGUGGGGGGCGAGCCCUGCCGGGCCCAGAGGCGGCCAGGGACAAGCGGCGUCUCAGCCACGCCAGCAGCAAGGCCCGCUCGGACGAUCUGUCCGUGUAG